UUUGGACAAAGCUUCAAUUACGUCACUUAAAUCUUGCAUGUCUUGUAAAGACAAGUAUCUCUUAGCAAAGCUCCAAAGCCACCUGCUUAAAACAGGCUUAUUAUUUUCUUCUUUUAAUUUUCACACCCAACUCCUCUUUUCAUCCACCAGAUGCGUUGAACGAAACAGCCUUGAACCCCUAAACAACUACUACAAAUCCUUAAACACCCCAAACCCAUUAUCCUUCAAUGUCAUCUUAUCUGAUUUCUCUCGAAAUGGAUUUGCUCUUCCAGCACUGAAAACCUUCUCUUUCAUGCACACUCAUGGGGUCCAUAUAGAUACUUAUGCUCUCUGCAGCUCUUUAACAGCUUCGUCUUCUGUUAAAGAUUUAAUCUUUGGGGAACAAACUCACACCCAUGUGAUAAAAUCAGGCUGGUUGUCAAGUGUUUUUGUGGGGAGUUCUCUGGUUGAUUUGUAUUCAAAACUUUUAUUUAUCAGGGCUGCAGCACUGGUGUUCGAUGAAAUUCCUGUGAAGAACACAGUAUGUGCAAAUGCACUUCUAUCAGGUUACUGCGACGCUAAGUUAUGGGCUGAAGGAUUUCAACUGGUUAGGCAGAUGCCUUUGUUGAGUUUAGCUUAUGAUCAUUUCACCUUAUCAGCCAUGCUGCGCGCUUGCGCAGGACUGCCAGCAAUUGGCAUGGGCAAGCAGGUGCAUGCCUAUCUUUUCCGCAAAGAUUACAACAUGGAAAAUGAUGUGUUCCUUAGAAGUUCUUUGAUUGAAAUGUAUGGAAAGUGUGGACUGGUAUUUCAGGCUUGGCGAGUUUUCAGUUGGGCUGGAAUCAAACAAGAAGAAAUCAGGAAAAGAGACAUUGUGUUGUGGACUUCAAUGCUUGGCGUAUAUGGUAGAAAUGGGCAGUUCAAAGAGGUAAUUGAGCUUUUCAAAGUGAUGUUGAUGGAAGGGAUCAAACCAGAUAAAGUGGCAUUUUUGACAGUCAUCUCAGCUUGUGGUCACACGGGCCAAUCCAAACUUGGAAUAGAGUAUUUUGAAUCCAUGAGACAUGAGUAUAACUUGGAUCCUGGACCAGAGCACUGUAGUUGUAUAAUUGAUUUGUUUUGCAGGGCUGAUGAAUUGGAUAAAGCAUGGAAACUGAUAUGUGAGAUGGAAAAAUGGGAUUGUGGUAGGAGCAUUUCAAUGUGGGGAACCCUGCUUCGCAAGAGUGAGGACAGCGGGAAUCUUGAGAUGGGUAGAUUUGCUGCUCAAAAGGCACUUGAGUUAGAUCCUAACAAUGGUGGGAUUUACAUUAUGUUGUCAAAUUUAUAUGCCAAGUUUGGUAUGUGGGAAGAUAUCAGCCAGUUGAGAGAGUUGAUGAAGGAGAAGAAGUUGGAGAAAAAUGUUGGAUGUAGUUGGAUUGAGGUCACUAAUUUGACUCAAAAAUAGGGUGCGUAUUUCGCU